GUUCUGGGUCGCGCGCAUCAUCUCCAGCGUCGCUAGCACUGUGACUUUAAGAACGUUUUUUUUAUAUAAAUGUACAAAUACAUAAAUAAAUAAAUAAUAGAUUCUUUCGGUCUAUUGUAACAAACGACAAAUAUUGUUUCAAAAGGCUCGGGGGGAAAGGAUCUGCGUUCGCGCUAAAAACAAAACAAAACAGCGUUUUAUUCCUUCAUCAUGGUGAAGAUCAGCUUUCAGCCCAUCACAGGACAAAAAGCCGAGAAAGAGGGUGGUGAUGGAGAUAAAACUCAGAUAUUCAUACCGCAUCCACACGUGGAAGAGGAGCUGGUCUUACCUGUCGGACGUAAACGCUCCUCUCUGAGUGGACUUUGCUGCCUGACAACUGCACUGAUUGUCUUCACCUGCAGUCUGAUAUAUGCUUCGAUAUAUAUCUACCGCUACUACAUCAUUCCCCAGGUUCCGGAUCAAAGUCGGUUCCACUGCCGCGUUGUGUAUGAGGACUCGGUGGCUGCUCCGCUGCGAGGGUCUCACGAGGUGGAGGAGAACGUGGGCAUCUACCUGAAGGAAAACUACGAGCAGAUCAGCGUCCCUGUGCCCGACUUCAGCAACACAGACCCUGCUGACAUCAUUCACGAUUUCCACAGGGGUCUGACAGCCUACCAUGACAUUGCCUUAGACAAGUGUUAUGUCACUGAGCUCAACACCACUGUUGUAAUGCCGCCUCGCAACCUUUGGGAGCUGCUCAUUAACGUCAAGAAAGGGACUUACCUCCCCCAGACGUACAUUGUGCAGGAAGAGAUGGUCGUGGCUGGCCGUGUUAAUAAUAUGCAUCAGCUUGGCCGGUUUAUUUACCGUCUGUGUAAUGGUAAAGAUACGUACAGGCUCCGUCGCCGCACCUCACGCCGCCGUAUCAGCAAGCGUGAUGCGCAGAACUGUCACCGAAUCCGUCACUUCGAGAACACAUUCGUGGUGGAGACGGUGAUUUGCGAGACUCCAUAGGCUGUCCGUCUCUUUGCUCCGCCCAUUCCGAUGAGAUCAUCUCUGCUGAUCUCGGUAGCCACACCCCUUUGAAAAUCACACACUUUACCUCUGAUCCUUAACGUCUGUAGCCCCAUCACUCUCUAUCUUUUUGUACUUCUCUCUCUCCGUACACAUAGUAAUUCAUUACUGCCUUCCCUUGAAAGGUAUCUGACGAGUCCUGUUUAUUCGCAAUAAUAAGCAUUUCAAAAAAAUGUAAAAGUAGCAUCUUAAAUCUGAGAAGAUUACAUGGGCAUUAUGCUGCACAAUGCCUGCAUGCUCGUGUCUGCGUGUGAUUGGCUGUUUGUGCUCCAUCGAAACUGCUCUUGGCUCUCUUAUAUAAAGAUAUUUGUGUGUUUAUUUUAGGUAUAUUCUGCGAAUCAUGGAUUGCUGAAAUGGGAAAAUGAAAACACUAGGCAUAAAUACUAAUAGAAGGCAUAUAACCCCUAGCAUAUAUAUAUAUAUAUAUAACAUAUAUAUAAACCCAUUUAUUGCUCUCUUAUUUAAAGGCACACUAUUAUAAAUGAAGAUUUCAAGUGCUUGCACAAAACCUAUAGGGAUAUUUUGCUUAAAAUAAUAGCAGCGGCACGGUGGCUCAGUGGUUAGCACUGUCGCCUCACAGCAAGAAGGUCGCUGGUUCAAGUCCCGGCUGGGCCAGUUGGCUUUUCUGUGUGGAUUUUGCGUGCUUGCGUGGGUUUCCUCUGGGUACUAUGGUUUCCCCCACAGCACCCAAACCCAUGUGCUAUAGGUGAAUUGGAUGAACUAAAUUGGCCGAAGUGUAUGAGUGUGUGUGUAUAUGAGUGUGCAUGUGUGUUUCCCAGUACUGGGUUGCAGCUGGAAGAGUAUCCGCUGUGUAAAACAUCCCGGAAUAGUUGGCGGUUCAUUCCGCUGUGGCGACCCCUGAUAAAUAAGGGACUAAGCUGAGGGAAAAUGAAUGAAUGUCAUAUAAUAAAUGUUGAAAAAUCACCACACGUCUGGAUAAGUAGAGGCUUUGAGCAGUUUGCCUUCUGUUUUGUAUUCUUAAAGGGAUAGUUCACCCAAAAAUGAAAAUUACCCUUAAAAUUCACUCAUCCUAAUGUGGUUUCAAACCUUUGUGAGUUUCUUUCCUCUGUUGAACGUAAAUUGAGAUAUUUUGAAGAAUGAUAUUUGAUGGUAUUCAUUAAAAUACACAAAAAUACUGAUAAAAUCAAUCAACAAUCUUCAAAAUAUCUCCUUUUGUGUUCAACAGAUGAAAGAAAGUCAAAUACUCAAAUCGAAUUGAAUUGAAUAUUUAAUUUUAGGGUGAACCCUCUUUUUAAACACAAUAUCAGCUUUUUAUUGGUGUGUCACAACUUAUGUAUAUCCUAACAUCCCAGUGCUACAUCCAAAAAAAAGAAAAGAAAAGAUCACAGCCAUUAUUACAUUUAUAACGUGUUCGUUUUCUACGUAUCUCAGUAAUCCAGUAACCAAAUGUCACUUUAGCGCUUCAACUCUUCUACACUUCCUGUGCCACUUCCUCUUUUCUUCUUUCUCUCUGCAUGCCCUUCAGAACACACUCAUCGUUUGAGUAUUUUCUUAUAAUAUGAGCGAAGCCUUAGGCCAGAUUCAUGCCCUGGACUAAUGUACACAAUCUCACAAGCUCUUUGUGUUUAUAUGUGUGUGCUGAAAUCUAAACCUUGUUUAGUUGAGUGAAGCAAAUGUGUAAAUAAACCAAUAACACCUACA